AUGUUUCCGCAGAUCAAAAUUAUUGAAAAAGACAGAGACGCGCAAAGGUUUUUGUGGCGAGAUACCCCGGGUGAACCGAUUAGUACGUACCGCAUGUCAUCCAUGAUUUUUGGCGCCGCGUCGAGCCCAUUUACUGCCAUACACAUAAAAAAUAAAAAUGCUUUAGAAUGGCAGGAAACUUACCCUGACGCGGCUCGAGUAAUCAUCGACGACCAUUACAUGGACGAUUGCAUUACUAGCUUAGACGACGUCGGCAAGGCUGCCAAGCUGGCAGCCGAUAUUUACACCGUACACGCUCACGCCGGUUUUGAAAUGCGCGGCUGGACGUCGAAUAACCCUAGUGCGCUUUCGUUGUUACCUAAAGAAUCAUUGCUUGAGGUCCCUCACUCUAAUAAUGUUGACGUUGAAUUAGGUCGUCUGGCUACGCCGGUUCGCACGCUAGGUCUUAUCUGGCAACCCGGAAACGACCUGAUUGGUUUUAAUACUGGUAUUAGGAAAGAUACCGCGUUGCCAGAGAAGCUAACAAAGCGAGAGGUUCUAGUGCACGUAAUGAGAAUUUAUGACCCGCUAGGAAUCCUUGCACCAAUCGUCGUUCGUGGUCGUAUUAUGUUUCAAGACGCUUGGCGCAAGGGUUUGAACUGGGACCAAGAGCUAUCUCAAUGUGACAGCGCCGCGUGGAAGUUAUGGUUUCAAGACCUGAUCUCAACUUCCAGUUUACGGAUACCACGCCGCUAUAACUUGAGCGAUCUCGAGGUAGUAGAGUGCCAAUUGCACGUGUUUUCGGAUGCAAGUGAGUCCGCAUUCGCCGCUGUGGCCUAUUGGCGCUUUCUUUAUGUAAAUGGCGAUGUAGGGGUCUCCCUCAUAUGCAGUAAAGUCCGCGUGUCCCCAAUUAGGCCUGUCUCCAUUCCUCGUUUAGAACUUCAAGGUGCUCUAAUGGCCGCGCGUCUUGCCACGUCGAUAUGCGAAUCCCAUCGACUGAAGCCAAUGAGACGUGUUUUCUGGUGCGACUCAAUGACUGCGCUGGGUUGGCUUCGUAGUGAUGCGCGCACCCUUAAACCCUUUGUAUCUCAUAGAGUUGGCGAGAUACUGGAGCUUACUAACAUCAGCGAGUGGCAUUGGGUGCCGAGCGACCUAAACGUAGCCGAUGAUGCCACACGUGUCAAACGUUUUGUGCUCUCUCCAGAAUCUCGCUGGAUCUCAGGGCCUACCUUUCUCUUUUCCUCGGACUGGCCCGCUGAACCUCAAAUUGAUGUCAGCGGACUAGGCCGCGAAGAGUAUAAAAAUAUCAUUCAUCUUAUCACCGAGACUGAUCUGCCCGCACCAGUCUCUGCGGAUCCAAGUCGAUUCAGCUCAUGGCUGAGAAUGGUGCGAGCAACGGCAAAAGCGCAUCAAUUCAUAUCACUAUUGCGAAUGCGUAGUAUAAGAAGACGAGAUGUUAACUUCAAUUUUCCUCGUCUUGAAGGACUCUUAUGUUCCUUCCACCCAACUUGCACAUCCUCUCCUGGUACCUUUAAUCCCCCUAACAUCCCACCAAUAAUAACCGCGACCGAUUUACACCUUGCCGAGCGCCAUAUUUUGCGGCAAAGCCAACUGGAUUCUUUCAAAGAGGAUAUUUUGCGGAUAAAGAAUCGAGACCCGUUGCCACGAAGCAGCCGCCUUUUCACACUGUCCCCCUUCAUAGAUAACAACGAACAACUUCGAAUGUCCAGUCGUAUAGUCGCAGCACCAGGCGUCACCGAUGAAGUUAAACGACCGCUGAUUUUAGACGGGAAACAUCCAACAGUACGCCUGCUAAUAGCCAGAUAUCAUCAAAAAGCUGGUCAUGCGAACAAAGAAAAAGUCUUGAACGACCUCCACCAAAGAUUUUGGAUUUUAGGCCUUAGAAAUGCUGUCCGUGUAGUGGCCCAUGACUGCCAGUUUUGCAAACUUCACCGUGCCAGAACUUUCCAACCACCGAUGGGAGAUCUACCGGAGGCUCGUUUGGCUCAUCAUCAAAGACCGUUCUCUUUCGUCGGCCUGGACUACUUUGGACCCAUACUUGUUUCGGUUGGUCGAAGAAGGGAGAAGCGCUACGUUGCCCUAUUUACGUGCCUCGUCAUCCGCGCCGUACAUCUUGAAGUGGUACACAGUUUAUCGACGGACGCAGCCAUAAUGUGUCUACGCCGUUUUAUUUCUCGUCGAGGAACACCACAUGAGAUCUGGUCAGACAACGGAACAGCCUUUGUUGGGGCAAACAGGGAGUUACGAGCUCUUUACGGGGACUCUGUUGAAGAUUUUGCCGCCAACGAAUCAAUCAAUUGGCGGUUCAUUCCUCCCGCAGCACCUUUUAUGGGUGGAGCGUGGGAGCGGUUAGUUCGCAGUGUUAAAGAAGCUUUAAAAGUGACCCUCAGAGAACAGGCUCCCUCAGACGAAGUUUUGAGCACACUAUUGGCGGAGGCUGAAGCCCUGGUAAAUAAAUACGCGUCCGCUUACGCAUGUGUCGCUUGA